AUGGCGCGCAUGCGCCUUACGAGUGUGGUCGAUGUCCUUGUGAGUCCCGCGGUUCCGAAUUGGGAAAGAUGUUGGCGGCUGCGCUGGGGUUCGCCCGCGUCGGGCUGAGAGCUGCUGGGCGCCCUGCAGUGCUGCUGCAAGCUCGGUUUGAAGGGAAUGCUGCUGCUGCUGCUGCUGAGACUCGGCCUACUGUUCAGCCAAAAGAUGAAGUGACCCAGAAGCAUCUGUCUGCUUUUGGAGAAUAUGUGGCUGAGAUUCUGCCAAAGUAUGUUCAGCAAGUCCAGGUGACAUGUUUCAAUGAGCUGGAAAUCUUAAUUCAUCCAGAUGGGGUCAUUCCAGUUCUCACCUUUCUAAAAGACCACACAAACGCCGAGUUCAAAUCCUUAGCUGAUCUGACAGCAGUUGAUAUUCCCUCUCGACAAAACCGCUUUGAGGUUGUCUACAAUCUCCUAUCCCUACGCUACAAUUCCCGGAUUCGUGUGAAAACCUAUACUGAUGAAUUGACACCUCUUGAUUCAGCAGUCCCAGUGCACAAAGCAGCAAACUGGUAUGAAAGAGAGGUCUGGGACAUGUAUGGAGUGUUUUUUGCUAACCACCCUGACCUGAGGCGAAUCCUCACAGAUUAUGGGUUUGAGGGUCACCCCUUUCGGAAGGACUUCCCCCUCUCUGGAUAUGUGGAGGUCAGGUAUGACGAUGAGGUGAAACGUGUGGUGGCAGAGCCUGUAGAGCUGUCCCAGGAGUUCCGCAAAUUCGAUCUCAAUAGUCCCUGGGAGACUUUCCCUGCCUAUCGUCAAGUUCCAGAAACCUUGAAGAUAGAAGCUGGAGAGAAGAAAGGAGAUGUGAAAUAGUAAGCAGGAAGGAGAGGAAAUUGGGAACCUGCCCGUGACGCUGCCUUCCUGCUUGAUCUCAAUAUUUAUAUAUAAUAAAAUAUCAAAAAAAA